CUUGACAACUCGCCGCCCAUGUCUCUCGCAAGGGUAGCAGCACCAUCCAGGUCGUCCGUCUUGCGUGCCGCCUCUGCGGCUGCGCCUGCACGAAGGGCAUUUACCACGCAGCAGGCAAACGGCAUCCCCGUAGCGGCAGUGGACGAUGGCUCCCCCACCUCAUCAGUCACAGUAGCCCUCCGCGCCGGCCCUCGAUACGAGUCCAUCCCUGGUGUAGCCAACGCUCUCAAGCACUUCCUCUUCAAGUCCAACGAGAAGCGUUCAGCUCUCCGCCUCGUUCGCGAGUCGGAGCUCUAUGGCGGUCUCCUCUCUUCAUCGAUCUCCAAGGAGAACCUCUACAUCACUGCAGAGUUCCUGCGCGGGGAUGAGGACUACUUCGUCGAGAUCCUCGGCGAUGUGCUCGCCUCGUCCAAGUUUGCGGCGCACGAAUUCAACGAGGAGGUACUCCCCGCCAUUCGCGGAGAGUACGAGCAGGUGUCUAGCAUUCCCCAGGUCUUUGGCUUCGACGUCCUCACCCAAACGGCAUACAGGCAACGCGGUCUUGGCGCCUCUCUCUUCGCCAGCCCCGCCUCGCCCAUCACAGCCAAAGAUGCAGCUUCGUACGGCCGUGCCGCUUUCGCCAAGUCGAACCUCGCCGUCCUCGGUACCGGCGUUGACGCUGGCAAGCUGGCAUCGCUCGUCUCCAAGAGCUUCGCAAACGUGCCCGCUUCGUCGCAGGGCCUCAAGGCUGGACCUAGCACGUACCACGGUGGAGAGCAGCGCGUUGCCUUUGUCCCCGCCCACUCGGACUCCUCGCACGCCCACCACGGCCACUUCUUCCUUGGCUUCCAAGGUGGUCCGGGCCCUGAGUACGCCGUGCUCCGCUCUCUCCUUGGCGGUCAAUCGAGCGUCAAGUGGUCCAAGGGCCUCUCCCCUCUCUCGUCGAUUACGAGCCAAUCGCGUGGCGCCAGCGCCGAAGCAUUCAACCUGGCCUUCUCCGACUCCGGCCUCGUUGGCGCCUACGUGACGGGCCCGCACGCAACCCUUUCGACCGUCGCGAGGGAGGUCGGCAACGCCUUCAAGUCGGCGGCGGGCGGUGUCAGCUCGGAGGACCUGCAGCGUGCCAAGGCCAAGGCCAAAUUUGAGGCCGCGGCUGCGCUUGAGAGCCGAGAGACUGUUCGUGACGUUGUGGGGUCGGCGCUCCUGCAGGGUGGCGCGGGGGUCAAGUCGACGGAGGACGUGUUCAAGCAGCUGGAGGGUGUCAAGGCGAGCGCUGUGAGCGCUGCGGCGGAGAAGGCGCUCAAGGGCAAGGCUACGACGGUCGCCAUUGGAGAUGUGCACGCGUUGCCCUACGCUGACGAUGUGCUGGCGUAGAGCGAUGAGAGGGAGAGGAGGGGAGAGAAGGAUGCAGAGGAUAGAUGUGAGAGCAGGAGAGGAGGGAGCAGGGG